AUGAUCGUGUCACGAAGACCACUCCGUUCUGCCAAUGUUGGAUAUGAUGUGGCGGCGUGCCUGCUAUGCCAAUGGCGAUCAUUCAGCACAUCAUAUCGCCAGCUAGCUGAGAAACCGCCAGCUACAGAUCCAUCCCCAUCCAAACCUCAAUCCAAAUCCACUCCAAAUCCAUCAACGCCAACGCCUAAAGGUCCGACUACACCACCCUUACCUACAUCGCCUCUCGAAGAUGCUCCACGAGCAUAUGGUAAAUCUCACCAGGAGUUUACCCCCAAACCUCUCAGUCGGCCAAUUGGCCUUCCAUAUCCCCCCAAAGCCGGAGAAAAUUCCGGCGUAGACACCCGGACAUUGAAGCAAAGGAGAGACGACUUCGUAGAUUACGACAAGCACCUUGCGCGGAGAAAAGUACUAACCCAUAAAGUAGCAACACCAUACUUCCGAGAAUGGAGCAACAUGCGCUUCCACAAGGGGAAAUCCUUCCUCGCCCCUCCGCGGAUAUUCAAGUCUGAUCUAGCCCUAUAUUUCCCCAACCUCCAAGGCCAGACGCUUGUGAAGGAUAAGGAGCCGAGGGAUACGACGCCGCUGUUCCAGGAUAAGGUUACCGUGGUCAGCAUCUUCAAUACGCAGUGGGCGGAGAAUCAAGCUGCUACUUUUGCAUCUGAGAAGAACAAUCCCGAGCUACAUGAGGCUAUAAGGAAUAGCGGUGGUAUAGCGCAGAUGGUGCAAAUCAAUUUCGAGGAAAACUGGAUGAAAGCUAUGAUUGUCAGGAUGUUCAUGCCGAGUUUGAGGAAGAAACUUGCGGCUAAGAACUGGGGACGAUAUUUUUUGGUCCGAAAGGGGUUUACUGAGGAAAUUCGGGAUGCCAUCGGUUUGCUCAAUAGUAAGGUUGGCUACACCUAUCUUUUGGAUGGGGAGUGUAGGAUUAGAUGGGCUGGAAGUGGUCGCAGUGAGGGUAAUGAGAACGAUAGUCUGGUAAAGGCUGUGACGCGGCUGGUCGAAAACGCCAGAGCAAAGCAAACCGAGAAGGCCACGAUCUCACAAAAGCCCGUGGAUAAGGGUUUAGACUUGGCAGGUAACGAAAAGGCCGCUACCACCGGGGAAUAG